CUUAUUCAGUAUCACAGAACGCAUCACCUGAAAAAUCUCAAAACUGAAAACAACUGAUAUUUGCACUCCCCAACACCAAUAGAAUUCUCAGCUUCAACUCUCUACUAUCUAAGUAGCUACCUAGCAAAUAGCAAUGGCAAGAAAAAACGGUGAUUUUGGGCACAGAGCAUGGAACAUCCUGCGUCUAGCAUUGUUAUGGGCAAGAAAAGGUGGGGUUUUCAAGAGACGUUUGACGGUGGAACUACGUGUUUUGCCCAAGUUUCUUAAGAGCCUUGGCCACCACACUACAACUCCCCGCACACAGCUCCAUUACGGAGAGCGCCAGCUUUCCUUUGACAAGACUCCUAUUUUUCACGUGAAGAUGCACCGCCCGGCCUCCAUGCGAUUCAACAUUCCUUGCAUUACCCCGCAAGUCGACUUUGAUUAUGAUUUCGAUGAAGAUCAAGAAGGAGGGUAUGAGUAUGACGAUGGAGGGAGGAGGAGUUUCUUGAAAAGUGGAGGAGAGGAGGAGGAAUAUGAAGAGGAAACAAUUCCCGAGGAGGAGAAAGAGAUUGAUUUGAGAGCUGAGGAGUUCAUAGCUAAGUUCUAUGAGCAGAUGAAACUUCAAAGACAAAUCUCUUAUCUUCAGUACAAUGAGACGCAAAAAACUUUAUGAUUUAAGACUUUUUGUAGAUUCUCGAUUAUUUCUUUGCAAAAAGAUGAGGCAUUUGCGGCAUUUUGUAAAUACCGGAAGGCUUCCGUUUGAGUUUAAUAAAAUUUUUGCCAUUUUUCCUUUAUUCUUAUGUGUAAUAAUAUGGUCACCCAUGUACUAUCUCAA